UCACAUUAUCAUCUUUUGUGUUCACCGUUCCCACAGAAAGAUUCGUCUCUUGUGCAAUUUCAUGACAGGUUAUGCGACGAUUAUCCAGGAUCAGGCGUUCUACGUGCUGAAUGAUCACAGGAAUGACUGCUGUGGGCUGGGAACCACCACAGCCGGGACUGUCACUGACGGACGUACGGCCAUCUUUGAAACAUUUACACCAUUCAAAUGUCUUACUGUGGCUGAGAGUCUCAUCACCGCACUGUGCUUGAAGUCUUCUGUAGAUAUCCGCGGGUUUUACACCUUUGUUCACAAGAAACUUCAUCACCACACGCUGUUCCAUGCACGCACCAACACUGCUGUCUGCCAU